UCCACUUUUGUUGUCACACGUUAAUUGGCAUUUAAUUAAAGAGCAACGAUUGCAAGCGUGUUUAUUCCGAAUUGCGCGCUCGAGCCGAGCGGACGUAUCAUCUGCGCGUUCUGUGCCCUACGUUUUGAAAAAAAAAAAAAAAAAAAAAAAAAAAACGAAAAUAAAAAGAACACAAAGAAUGAAAAAACCAUUCACCACCAAUAACAAAGGAAGCCGGCAACAACGACAAAUCCGUUGCAAUUACCCCACACAAGGAAGGGAAUAAGAAGUGUCUGUGCCAAAAUAGAACAAAAACAAUUUUUCGUUUUUUUAUUGCACACUCGAAAUACGAAUAAAAAACACACACACAAGUAUACAAAUUAAUAAAAUAGCACAAAUCAAAGAACGAUAAUAAAGCGUGAAUUAUCAAGAUUGAUGCAAAUAAAACGAAAUUGGAAUAAAUCAAAGCGCAGAAUCCAAAUCAUACGAUACUUUAAUAAAAUUCACAACGUUGUCUCGUGAAUUACGGGUCGCGACAUCGACGAUGAUGUCUGGUUAUGUAGAGUAGAACGCAGUAUAUGGCCAGAGCACACAAGCGCACAGGGAAUAGGCGAACGGAGCGGGGCGCAUCUGUAUACAGCAGCACGUAAACACUGACAGACACAGUGAGAGCAGGAGGCGCUCUUUCCAUGCGCGUCGUAAUUUUCCGCAAAGAUUGCGGACAGUCAAGGCAAAGUACAUAUCAGCCAGCAACAUCAACUUUAUAUCAGUGCCACUACUGCUGGGUGUCAUCAUAAUUGCGGGCCGCCAUUACAAAAGGCCACGCACUUUGGACGCCAAAGUUUGAACAUUUUACUUUGUUCAUCAUGUUGACGUCCGUUUUAAACUUUGCCCAAUGUGUGGCGGAAAUUUCCUUGCUUGGCGGCAUCGAAAUCGCAUCAGUGGCACUUAUUGUGUACUACGUUUUUGCUAAAACUCGAGCACCCGCUAUUAUCGCCCGUUUAUUUCCCAAUUUAAAUCUAAGCUAUCGUUCAUCGCUGGGAAAGUUCAACACCAUUGGCAAUGAGAUUUUAUUUACGCUCCGUCCAAAUGAACCAAAACCGCAAAACUUUCUGGAGCAUGGCAUCGGCACUCGGAAUAUGUUAGAGCUGACGCCUCAUGCUGGAGUAAAGCCGUUCAAAAGCGUUUUCGACUGGGGCAGUGUAUUGCCCUAUGUGGCUCAGGUGGUGCGAAGUGAGAAAUUUGAUUACCGCCAGGUCACGGAAAUUGUUCACAAUGAUGCCGUCUUUAAACAUGCCAUUAAACAGGCAGCCGAACAAGCUCUGCGUGAAGAACGCUAUGCCAAAAAUGGACAUCGACUGCUUGCUCGCAGCAUAAGCGGCGAUAAAGAUGAGGAACAAGACGAAAAGGAGGGUAUAUCGUAUCAAAAGAUACUGCAUAAGCAAGAGCAACGCGCCAUCACAAUACUCAAGGAAAUGGGCUCCACUUUGAACAACACCUUGCUUGCCAUAACCUCUUGGCUGCUCUACAAACUGCUGCCCUGCUUCCUAUCUGGCGUUGUGACCAAUACGAAACAAAUCGAAAUGUUGCAGAAUGCCUCGAAACGCUCGCCAGACACACCGCUGAUCUUUGUGCCACUACAUCGCAGUCACUUGGACUACAUAAUGGUGACUUUCAUACUGACCAACAAUGAUAUUCGAAGUCCACUGGUUGCCGCUGGCAACAAUCUCCAGAUACCAGUUUUUGGCACUCUACUGCGUGGCCUAGGCGCCUUCUUUAUUAAGCGCAAAAUCGAUCCCGUCGAGGGCAAGAAAGAUGUGCUCUAUCGUGCAGCUCUACAUUUGUAUAUAACGCACGCUCUGAAACAGGGUCACAACGUUGAGUUCUUUAUCGAGGGCGGACGAACGCGUACGGGCAAGCCUUGCAUGCCCAAGGGCGGCAUAUUAUCAGUGAUUGUGAAUGCCUUCAUGGAUGGCAGCAUACCGGACGCUCUGCUGGUGCCGGUCUCUGUCAACUACGAGCGUCUGGUUGAUGGUAAUUUUGUGCGUGAACAGAAGGGCGAGAAAAAGGUGCCUGAGUCGUUCAGGAAGGCCAUUUCGGGCAUUUGGAAAGCCCUCAACUCCAACUAUGGUCUGAUGCGCAUUGACUUCAAUGAACCCUAUUCAAUACGCGAGCUCGUCAGCUCGUACAAUAAAAUUGCACGUGAAGAUGGCAACUCAAAGGUGUAUAAGCCUGCAUCCAGAACCCUGCAGCACAAUCAAUCAACGUCCUCGUUGUACGGCACCGAUGUCGUCUGUGAGGAACAUCGCAAUCUUAUCGAAAGCAUCUCACGCCAGGUAGUUUUUGACUGUGCUGCAGCCACGUCUGUGAUGUCUACCAAUGCUCUGGCCUUCUUGCUGCUCACACGUUUUCGCAAUGGCGCCGAAGAGCAGCUAAUUGCCGCUGCGCUUGAUGAUUUGCGUAAUACACUGACUGGCUUCAAGGAUUUGGGUUUCUCAGGCGAAUCGGCGCACAUUGUGGCUUAUGCCUGUGAUCUGCUGGGCACAGGUUUGGUAACCCGCGUACGCGACGAGAAUGGCCAUAUGUUCAUACGUGCUGUACCCACGGUGGAAAGUUUCAUAGAGCUGUCGUACUACUCCAACAUGCUAACGCCUCAUUUUGCCCUAAGUUCCAUUUUGCUGACUACAUUUCAUUCGCUCUUGCCAGAAGCCAAAGACGAUGCUAAUGAAGCACCAGGUGUUUCGCAAAGAAAACUAAUUGAGACUGCUCUGGAGAAUUGUCUUGUCUAUCGUUACGAAUUUAUAUUAAACAAGCCAACGCAAGUAUUGGAGAAUUUGCUGCAUAAACAACUAGACGAGCUUCUUAUCAAUGGUUGUCUGCGCCGAAGUGAGGUUCAAGAUUCUGGUCAUACGGCAGAAACGCAACGCUUAGCUCGUCGAUUGGCCUACGAAUUGGAUGAGAGUGACGACUAUGAUAAUAAUGAUAGUGAAGACUUACAGCACGUAUCGCAGGAUUCCGAUCUGCUGUUGCUGGCCCGAGAAACACUCGAACAGCAGCGCAACAUUUGCGAGGUCUUGGCACCAUUUGCCGCCACAUAUUUGGCUGUCGCGCAGUCGCUGCAAAUUCUCCACCGCAGCGCAAUGCUGGAAUCAGAAUUUAUCAGUUUUGUUAUCAACGAUAUAUCCAAUAAAGUUACCCGCGGUAGCUGUGUAUAUGCUGAAAGCAUUUCGACUGACUCCGUGCGCAAUUGCUUAAAGCUUUUUGAGAAAUGGUCUGUGAUUGAAGUGUGCAACCAGCGCGGCCUGCGUUUGAUCUCGCUCAACACGCUUUACGAGAUGUCGCGGGAGUCGCUGAACUCCAUUGUCAAGAAAAUUGAAGCCGUCGUUCCAAAGUUCAAUGCGGGUCACUUUAGUCAGCAGAAACUGUUGAAUGAUCCGCCGCCAGUUUAACAAUCUGCGUUUCCUUUUUUGAUAUAUCAUCGUUUUGUUUUCUUUACGUUUGGCAUUCGCUUCUCUACUUCUCCGCCUCCUUCUCUCUCUCGCUCGUUACAAAGUAGUUAAUCCUACUUAAGAUUAAAGUGCAUACUCUUAGAUUCUAAAUUUAAGACGUAAUAUA